AUGACUUCCAUGCCUUCCACCGAACCGUCUUUCUGCAGAACUGUGGUCAGUGUUGCACUUUUCCGUCGACCAGAGACUUUUGUUUCCCACGAGAAUCUCCAGGACAUCAUGAACCACGCCAAGAGCAAUUCCAGACUCACCUCUAAGACGAUCUCCGAAGUCAUUUGUUUUGAAAAAAUGAUGGCAGGCUCCACACUCCCACCUCUUACAAAGGUUGACUUUAUGGCCCAUUUGGUAACGGCGAAUGACAGCGAGCACCUCGAGUUCUCCGUCUGCUUCGAGUAUUACAAGAAGUUGUUCGAGGCUGUCGAUGACAAAUCAGCUUUCAGCACCCCAUUCAGUGCCCAGGAUGAGAACAACGCAAAAAAAUAUGUUGCUGCUGCUGCAAGAGCAAAGUCCGGUGGCACCACCAUGGGUUUCGAGGACUCGAGCAUUCCAACACCGGUCAUACAAGCAUUUCAGCGUGACGAAUCCUAUUCUCCAAGAACGACUGUUGAACGUCUGCGCGAGGAAGUUGACUACAUCAAGAAGACCUUCAUUGUCCAGGGGGGCAAGCAAGAACUGAAUCUCGAUAGCCGGACCAGAGACGUCCUUCUAUACGCUCUGGGUCGAAGCAUUCACCCUUCCGCCUUUCGGCUUGCCGUCGACUAUGCAAACGAAGUGCUACGCAAGCACUAUACCGAGUUUGUCAAAGUAUCCAAUCCAGUUACCAACAAGACUAAAUUGGUGGGAGCCCACGUCAUUGGGGUGUCCCUUGUUCUCGCAGGACUUUGCUGGGGUAUAUUGUUUGCCUUAAGCAAGCACAACCGGGCCUGGCGUGCCCUUGGCUUUCUUCCGGUAGCAUUGGGUGCCGCCCUCCUCUUUGCUGCCGUCUGCCGUCUCUCCGUUGUCCUAUACCCACUAGGACAUUACCAUCUCAAGCCCUGGAGCAUCCAGGCAAACAACGAGACUCGAUUGUCUCGCAUUCAUCCGGACAAUUUCCCACCAGCGAGUGGUGACAUCAACUGGCCCAGCCAGUACAAUCGCCGCUUCCUGGUCCGGAAGUGGUUCGACAAGGAUGGACCAAUCCAGGAUGCUCGUCUCCGAUACGGAGAAGUGGUUUUGGUGGGACAGGCGUUGUGGUUUGGGAUCUUGUGUGGGGUAGUGGUGUUGGUGGUUUUGCUGCCAAUUCCGCCUCGUAUUUGA